AUGGGAAAUUGCAUAUUCAAAGCGUUGGGAGCGGUGGAAGACAUGGCCAAAGUGGUGACGCCCGACGGCAGCGUGAUGGAGCUCUACGCUCCCAUCACCGCCGAGUGCGUCACCAACGAAUUCCCGGGCCACGCCAUCUUCGGCAGCCCCGGCCGCACCUCCCCGCCGCUCCUCCACAGCGAGAGCCUCCGCGCCGGCCACCACUACUACCUCCUCCCCGCGCACCGGGCCAAGGGCGCCGCCGCCGCCGCCGGUGCUCCGCCGCCGCCGUACCGGAUGUCGGUGGACAAGCUGCGGCGGCUGCCGGAGCAGGCGGAGGCGUUCCCGAGCGCGGGGGUGUGGAAGGUGCGGCUGGUCAUCGACACGGACCGGCUGUCGGAGAUACUGUCGCAGGAGGCGCGGACGGAGGCGCUCAUCGAGAGCGUCCGCACGGCGGCCAAGUGUGCGGCCGCCGGGGUCCCGUCCUCCUCCGCCGCGAGCUCCGAGCGGCGGAGUAGGACGAGCGCCGCGGAGUAUUGGUGA